AUGUCCGACGCGUUCUAUCUGCGAUACUACGUCGGCCAUAAAGGGAAGUUUGGCCAUGAAUUCCUAGAAUUUGAGUUCCGACCGGAUGGAAAACUGCGUUACGCCAACAACUCAAAUUACAAAAAUGACACGAUGAUUCGCAAAGAAGCAUAUGUUAGUAAGGCAGUAAUGGAAGAACUCAAAAGAAUCAUUUUGGAUAGUGAUAUUAUGAAUGAGGAUGAUGAGAAAUGGCCCGUUCCCGAUCGCGUUGGUCGGCAGGAGUUGGAGAUUGUAUGUGGCGAUGAGCACAUAUCCUUUACUACGUCAAAAAUCGGUUCUCUUGUCGAAAUAAACAGUUGCAAGGAUGCAGAGGGCCUCCGAACUUUUUACUACCUUGUACAGGAUCUGAAGUGUCUGGUCUUCUCUCUUAUUGGACUCCAUUUUAAGAUCAAGCCCAUAUAA